CUUGCCUGCCUCCCUGUUCUCCAUCUCCCGCCGAUCUCCCCGUCGAUCGGCCGCCAUCCGAGCCGACGCAUCGUCCUCCUGGGCAGCGGAUGUCUUGGUACUCUGCUUCUGACUCGCCACCACCCAACAUCGCCUUUGGCCGUCUUCGCUCUGCCCUCUUGCUUCUGGAUAUCCCCUCUGUUCCCACCGCUAUCCUGAACUAUCGGCCUGUUUCAUCAAUCACCUUCGUCCGCCGGCACAACAAGCAGCCCAUCGCCUCCUCAAAGCUCCUAUACAAUGCCGAUAGCCACUCUGAGUAAAACCCUCCACUUUGGCGAGCUCACACCCGACGACCUCCUUGGGGUUCUGCCGGAAUCCGACAUCAUCAGCGCCUUUGGGGGAUCAUGGGAGGUACCGCCAUCAACAUGCACGCUCGAUCUCGGUCCCGAAGCGUCGUCAUCACCGUCACCACUGUCGUCACAACCAAACCCAGCGUCGUCCUCACCGUCAAUACCGCCGCCAUGCGAGUCAACCCGGUCAUCCCGUCCUUUAGUUCCCAAACCAUCGCCAGCUCCUGGUCACAGCCCGUUAGCCCAUACCACUCCCGAUAAUUCUCACACCGACUCUACUCCCAACGGCGUUCACCCAAAACCGGAUCACCCGACCACGGAAACGACUGGCUCGAUAUCACAACCCCCGGCCUCCUCAAAACGAUCAACCUCUCCCUCCUGCUCUAUGGCUGCACCUUCCUCGAAUGCUGGCACCGAAAUACCUUCUACCCAGGAAGCAACCGCUUCGUCUGGCCAAGAACCGCAACCAGAGUCGAUCAUCCGGAAUCCGCCUGCAGCAUCCCCUGCCCCUGUUGUUUCCAAGCCUGCGCCCCCAAAGGUCUGGGCCGACCUCCUGCGAUCCUCCAAUGCUGGCCAGUCAGGCCAAUCUGGUAUCGUUUCGAUCACAAACGGCAUCGAUAAGAGCCGGAAUGGCUUGGGCAAGAAGGACGCUGCCGGUCGCAAGCCCGUCAAGACCCUCACCAUCCCUCGCGGCUUGAUCAACAGCGGCAAUACCUGCUGGUUCAAUGCCAUUCUGCAUCCCCUCGUGCACUGCCCGCAGUUCAAGCAGAUCUUGAAGCACCACGUCAAGUUGGUCAAGCCCUCGCCGGUCCCCGACUACCCGCUCCUCCACGCCCUCUCAGAUUUCAUGGCCAAAUUCCCGACGUCGUCUGUGGCCGACGAGGCUAGCAAGGAUGACCCCAGCUUGGCCGAAAUCGGCGAUGCCUUUGUUCCUGAGGAUGUCUACAGCGCCUUGAAAACCAAGAUUGAGUCGAUGCGUGGCCACCAGGAAGAUGCCGAGGAGUUCCUUGGGUUUAUUCUCGACGGACUCCACGAGGAACUGGUGGCUCUGGGUGAGAAAUCUGGGAAGCCCCUCGAAAGAGCCGAAAAGGAUGCCUGGACCGAGGUCGGACCCAAGAACAAGCCCCAGACGGUCCGGAAAAUCGGAAGUAGCGAGAGCGCCAUCACGCAGCUCUUUGGCGGCAAGCUGAGAUCCAUCAUCAGCUACCCCGGCGCAAAGAACAACCCGAUUCUGGAGCGUUUCCACUCCCUCCAGCUGGAAAUUUCGGGGCCCAAGAUCUUCCACCUGCACGACGCCCUCCGCAACCUCACCGCCUCCGAGAUCCUGGACGAGUACGUGUCAUCGACCAAGGGACGCAAGCUUGACGGGGUGACCAAGCGAAUCCUGAUCGACUCGACACCGCCCGUGCUCAUUAUCCACUUCAAGCGCUUCGUCUUUGACAACUGGACCCCCGUGAAGCUCUCAAAACAUGUCUCGUAUCCUCUCACGCUGAAGCUCACUCCAGAUAUCUUGUCGCCCGGAUGGUCAGAGGCCCUGCCCGAGUAUCAGCUGUUUGCCGUCAUCUAUCACCACGGCCAGUACACCAACGGAGGGCAUUAUACCUGUGACGUCAUGCGCGAGUAUGGCGACUGGCUGCGAAUGGAUGACGAGCUCGUCACGUUCAUCACCGCGGACGAGGUCUGUGAAGAAAAGCCCGAUCGACAACCGUACUUGCUGUUCUACCGAUCAAGCAAAUAAGCCCAUGCCCAAGCGUGCGCCGCACUUCCCCCCCCCCAUUCUCUGGGCGAGAUGUGUCAGUGGGCAUGUCUCCACCCGCUCGCUCGCUCGCUCGCUCAGCCCUUUUCCUCGCAAACUGUCAUCCCUAUUUUUAUCGACUCCUGUGCUUCUCUCGCCCGCAUUUCCACCGCCGCUAUUGCCGCCAUUCCCCACCAUAAGCUUCUCCCCUCGCUUCGUGCCCCCCCCCCAAACGUGAAUAUAAUGCAGUUUACAGCGUUUCCAAAA